GUAAACUUCUGUAAAAUUAUAAAUUUCAGUCUUAAUUUAGAUAGAAAAUCCUUGCAAUCUAGUUGUAAUAUAUGCGGUUUUAAGUACUAUCUAAAUUAAAUUUAUAUAAACAUGGCGCUAAAAUCAUUUUCGUUUACCUGUGACACCGUUGCAAAUGGUAAGUGCCUGCACAAGAGUGCUAUUCAGUAAAUAUAAAAUCACCGUUCAAAGGAGCCUGUUGCGCAAAACUUUGUUUGCCAACUAUUAUCAGGCUUCACCAUACCAAUUUGUAAGGAUAUAGACUAAUUUCUAAUAAUAAGCCAACGGAAAUACAACAAGAGGUAUGAAAUAAUACCAAAAAGUAGCGAUAAAGUGAAAGAUAAUUGUUUUAAUUCUCAUCCGAUAAACCUAGGAUGCAGUUACUGGAAACAGCGACAACCAGCUCUGUCUGAACAUAGCGAUGAUGUAUACUUCUUAGAAGACGCAAGUAACACCCAAAAUUCUGAACAAUAUUCUACUUACUGUGACGAUGAUGAAGAGGACUCCGAAGAUGAUAGAUAUAUUUCAAACAACAUUCGGAUAUAA